GUCUACUGCCACCUGGACCACGCUGUCCUUUGUCUUCCAUGGUCCAUAUGGUAUGUCUGCAACACAGCCUUGAAUGUCUUCGCUCAAGGCGAAGCCACUGCUAAAGUUUGCUGGCAAUGCUGCUUCGCUUGCACCCGAGGGCCUCGAGCUUGUGCGUGAAUUGGGAGGACAUAUCUGCCCUAUAAUUUUUGUGGGAGAUGGCCGCAGUGGAAAGUCCUACCUUGCUUCUUGUUUGGUUGACGCAGAGGAUGCCUUCGUCUCUAGCGACUCUGCGGAGUCGGUCACGGAAGGGAUCGAUGUCCUGGCAGUCCCGGUCAGCAAGAUCUCCGACAAGGGGUUUGGUGAGCAAGACGAACACUUGCUGGUAAUGGACUGCGAGGGCGGCAACAAUGCCAUGGCUGCGAUCCGAACCUUGGUGAAUGUCUUCGGCUUGUUGCUUGGGAGCCAGGUGGUUUUUGUGGCAAACGGCAUGGCUACCGAGCAGGCAUUGCAGACACUGGGCAUGUCAUUGGCUGCGCGCUCUCUGGUGCGGUUGGAAGAAGGCACACAACUGCCCACCCAGGAGUUGGUGUUUGUGGUCAACAAGAACACUCUUCGCUAUGAGGGCUCUGCAUUAGAGAAGAUAUUGGAGCAAAAGUUCGACGACCCAGGUCGCCAGGAGCUUCGGGACACCGUCAGGGAGUGUUUCCCCUCAAGAAGCUUCUUCACGGUUCCGUUGAUGGGGAUGCCCUCCUUCAGCGAAAGUGUGAGGAGCGUGAGAGAACACUUGGUCGAACACCGGACGCAGCUCCAAAUGGGUGGCGUUCCAGUACUUGGAAGGCAAUUGGCUGGCGUAAUGGAGCUCAUCGUAGCUGAAGUCCGGAAGUCAGAAGAAAUCAGUGUGCCAUCAAUGAACAGGUAUGUCAUCUACGAAGGAUUCUUGCUGCCGUUGACAACAGACUUGACUCAACUUGGUCAAAGCCUAAUGUCAGAGCCAACAGACUACGAGCCCAAUUUGGCUGAAAGGAAUCCGAUCCCGAGUCUCCUUGGACGCUUUGACGAAUCCAGUGCGCACAUUGGCCACACAGGGCUGAAGAUGGAGGCACGGCAGCUGCUUGAAGUGAAGCUUAGGGAUUUAUGGCAUUGGGUGGAGGUCAAAAACGAGGCAUUUGGAAAUGAGGUUUGUGAUACUGUCCAAGAAGGACGGGAGGUGGAGCUCAGCCGCUCAAAGUCAGUGGUAGGCGUCAUGGGGCUGCUCAAAGAGGUCGUUGUGACCAAGCAGCUUUGCCGAGAGGAGGGACGUACAGUUCUCCACAGAAAGAAAGGUGGAGAACCAGAGUGUUUACCGUGGAAAUCAUUGGGCACCACUGUGACCAGAACGUUGGAGUGGGCCUUCACCGAUCUGCCACCAAGUUGCCGUGGCUUUCUGCGAAAAGCAAGUCCCAAUGGCUUCAGGUCUAUGCUUCGAAUGAUGCGCUGGGAUCAGCAGCCUCGAAUUUGUGUGGUACAGGAUGGCCACUUUCUUUGGUUUGACGAAGAGGGAGCCUCAAGCAAUGGCCAAGCCAAGGGCUGCAUCAACUUCCUUAUACAUAAGGCCUCCAUUGAGAAAGAUGGACGAAAUCCCAGUGGUUUCAUUAUAUCCCCUGCGCAGCCUGAAGGCUGGCAAAAUCCAAGCUCCUUCACAGGGAAUUCUUUUCGGUCCUUUACCUUUGAUGCAAGCGACUCUGAGAUUAAUUGUGACGCGUGGAUUUCAGCAAUUGCGGAGAACAUUCACUUUGCAAACCUGGCCGCCGAACAACUUGGUCCUGAGUUGUUCAGACAAGUGCGGGUUUACAAGCCAACCUUUGUUGAGCUGGAGACAUGAUGCCUUCCAGCUUGCAGCUUGCUCUUGCACAGAGGCAAA